AUGUUGGCCAGUUUUUUCUUGGUAGCRGUGAUUAUAAUAAUCAUUUAUUACUAUGGAUUCAAGUUCUACRAUCCUCGCUUGCCRCCAGGUCCAAUUCCCUUACCYUUGAUAGGAAAUCUUCACCUUCUUCAAGGCGAUCUUCAUGUAUGUUUGACGAAYCUAUCACACAAAUAUGGCGACGUGUUUCGACUCUAUAUUGGCGGGAAUUUAGUCAUUGUACUUAAUGGCAAUGCAAUAAGAGAAGGGUUGGUGAGAAACCCUGUUAAUUUUGCUGGAAGACCAUUCAUGUCUUACUAUAAAGUAGCACUUAGAGACGACAUUCCUUUAGUGUUAGUGGACUAUGGGGAACACUGGAAGAUACACCGAAGACUAGCCCAUCGAGUGAUCAAAGUUUUUGGUACAAACCGCUACGAACUCAUUAUCCAACGAGAAAUUWCUGAGUUAUUCAACAGAAUCGAUAAAGCAGGAAAUGGUCCAGUUUUUAUUAAAGUAGAAAUAGCUUUAUCCGUCAUGAACAUUAUUUGUACCAAGAUAUUCAAUUCGCGGUACGAAGUCGACGAUUCGGAAUUCCUCGAGAUGUUCCGAUUGCAAGCCGAGCUGUUUCGAUUAAGUGUCGUCGCGGGACAAAGUCUUGUCGAUUUAUUUCCGAUUUUAAGGUUUAUAUUGCCCGUAAGUGGUGACGUAAAACAGUURCAAGUGACGAACGACAAAUGGCGCGCGAUACUUGAACGAAAAAUCCGUGAACACCAAACGACAUUUGAUAAAGAGAAUUUGAGGGAUUACACAGACUUGAUUUUGAACGCCAAGGUAGAAGCGGAAAAAGAAAAUUCGAGCGACSUCRAAUAUUUACAGGAAAGACAUUUGGUAACAUCUAUAACAACUUUGUUCAUAGCAGGAUCKGAAACUGCGGCGACUACUAUAGUAUGGUCCGUUUUGUACCUUYURCAUUUUCCCGCCAUCCAGCGCAGGCUUCAUGCAGAAAUUGAUGAAAAAGUCGGGCUGAAAAGACCKAUAGAUUUAAACUUAMGGAAGUCUUUGCCUUACUUAGAAGCAUUCAUCUGUGAAACGAUGCGCUUCACAAGUAUWCUUCCCCUUUCAGUGCCCCACAAAGCAACUAUUGAUACCACUUUACAAGGGCACUUAAUACCUCAAGGGGCUACAGUGAUAGUUAACAUUUGGGCCCUCCACCAUGACCCUUCUAUGUGGAAAGACCCCUAUUGUUUCUGCCCCGAGAGAUUUCUUGAUGAGGAAGGCAAGUUUGUGUUCCCUGAUGGGGRCCGUUUUCUGCCAUUUGGGGCAGGUCCACGUGCGUGCAUGGGAGAAGUMCUUGCACGAUGUGAGCUCUUUCUAUUUUUAGCAAAUCUUCUUCAAAAGUAUCAGUUUGAGAACCCCUCUGACAUCRACCUUCCUUCCCUUGAGCCCCUUCCAGGGGGAGCAGUACUUCAACCUAGGAUUGAGAAAGUACUCAUCACGAAUAGAUUUCCAGAGUAAAAUGUGUACUGCCUACACGAACCUUACUGUUGUGACGGACAAUUGGCGUUUUCACGUCGAUCAAGAAACUUUUUUAAAAAAUCGUCGAGCGAAUAGACCUCUGCAGCUUUUACGUCAUGUACCGUAUACGCAAUGCAUUGUAGGAUAUGUUUGGGACAGGCGGAUUUCUUUUGUUUUCUCUUGAAACUGAUCCCACAAUGCAUUGAAAAUCAAGUAGUGACGUAAAAGGUUCAGAAGUCUAUUCUUCACUGCAGUUUAAAAUGUUUUUUGUAAUGCGUACUCUCAUUGGCUUAUGGCCAUUUUUAAAUAUAUCAACUUCAGAGGUUUGCUCUUCAUUUGCUGAUAAAAGGAAUAAAAUUUUGGUAAUUCUUAUGUAUAUAAUUAAAAGCUACGUUUAAUUCGAAGUUAAAUUUUGUCGAUCAUGCGAUUCUGGAUUGGGUUAGCUGUGUAUUCCUUACAUCAUUACGUCAUGGGUCACUGGUAACUAAUAAUAGAAUCCAUUCUA